AUGAACGCAGCCGCUGCGACGGAGCGCGAUCCCGGGCUUCAUCCGGAUGCCGGCGGCAGAGCGGCGGACAGGAGCAGGCUGAGCUGCGCCGACUCGCCUCGGACCAGUUUAACGGGACGGAAGGAAGAGCUGCAGCGCUGCCAGGACAGCAGAGAGGACAGCUCCGGCACCCAGCACAGGACAUACGGGUCUCGUCUGAGCGGGGUCAAAGUUCGCCACAAGAGGCAGGUGCUGCAGGACAUGGCCCGGCCGCUCAAACACUGGCUGUACAAACACCGGGACAACCCGUACCCCACCAAGACGGAGAAGGUGCUGCUGGCCCUGGGCUCUCACAUGACGCUGGUGCAGGUUUCCAACUGGUUUGCCAACGCCCGCCGAAGGCUGAAGAACACAGUGAGGCAGCCGGACCUGAGCUGGGCCCUGAGGAUCAAACUGUACAAUAAAUACAUCCAGGGAAACGCCGAGAGGCUGAGCGUGUGCAGCGGUGCCUCCGACUCCGACGGUGAGGAGUGUCCCCUCCAGGCUCCCGUCCGCCAGCCGAGCUUCGGCAGGUCGUCCUCGCUGGAGAAGCCCGGCGAUGCCGCCUCGCCCCCGUCCAAGUACAAGAGCAGCUUACUGAACCGCUACCUGAACGACAGCCUGCGGCACAUGAUGGCGGUGGAGGGGGCCGAGGGCGGGGCCCACGCCCGCAAGAGGCGGAGCCACUCCGAGUCCUUCAGCUCCAACGACUGCGAUCGGGACGCCGGCUCGUCUCCGGCGUCGUCCUACGAAACCGAGGCCAACUUUGUAUACCGCAUGGACACGGUGGACUAUUCUUCAGCGCAGUGUGACAGGAAGCAGAAGCAGGAGGAGGAGGAGGAGGAGGAGGAGGAGGAGGAAGGUCCCCAGAAACAGGAUGACCAGGGCUGGAGGGAGAUCCAUGCAGCCGUGGCUCUGACCAGUCUGGCCCAGGGGCCGACGGCCCCCGGCGCCGCCGGUCGGGGCCCCUUCCCCGUGAUGAGGACAGGUGUCUCGGGACAGAGCUGCUCCGCGGGGCCCGUCCUCACCAGCCGGAUCAUCCAGAAGUCCUCUCACAUCGCCGAGGUUCAGACCGUCAAAGCGGCCCUGGAAAGCAGCGUGUAG